CCAACACCUGCGGGGCCAGAGCUGCUUGACACCCAGGGCUCAGCUACCAGCCGGCGAGCACUGACCGAGCCCAGCCUGUGUUCCCGGACAGAGGGCGGGACUAAUGUCUGACCCCGCCAGGCAAAACUCGGGGGCAGGGUGGCAGUGACAGAGGUCAGGCCGGCGGACAGGACCUGCACAGCUGCGCCCCGCGCCCCUCUGCCCCGCGGGUGCCAUGAGCGGCCGAGUCGGGGACCUGAGCCCCCAGCAGCAGGAGGCGCUGGCCAGGUUCCAGGAGAACCUCCGUGACCUGCUGCCCACCCUGCCCAAGGCUGAUGACUACUUUCUCCUGCGCUGGCUCCGAGCUCGGAACUUUGACCUGCAGAAAUCCGAGGGCAUGCUCCGGAAGCAUGUGGAGUUCCGGAAGCAACUGGACCUGGACAACAUUCUUGCCUGGCAGCCCUCAGAGGUGGUCCAGCUGUAUGACUCGGGUGGCCUGUGUGGCUAUGACUAUGAAGGCUGCCCCACCUGGUUCGACAUCAUUGGGACCCUGGACCCCAAGGGCCUCCUCCUAUCAGCCUCUAAGCAGGAGCUCAUCCGGAAGCGAGUCAAGGUCUGCGAGCUGCUUUCGCACGAGUGUGAGCUGCAGACUCAGAAGCUGGGCAGAAAGAUCGAGAAGAUGCUGAUGGUGUUUGACAUGGAGGGGCUGAGCCUGAAACACCUGUGGAAGCCAGCCGUGGAGGUCUACCAGCAGUUUUUUGCCAUCCUGGAAGCAAAUUAUCCUGAGACGGUGAAGAACUUAAUUGUUGUUCGAGCGCCUAAGCUUUUUCCAGUAGCCUUCAACUUGGUCAAGUCGUUCAUGGGUGAGGAAACGCGCAAGAAGAUAGUGAUUCUGGGAGACAACUGGAAGCAGGAGCUGACAAAGUUCAUCAGCCCUGACCAGCUGCCCGUGGAGUUUGGGGGUACCAUGACCGACCCCGAUGGCAACCCCAAGUGCCUGACCAAGAUCAACUAUGGGGGCGAGGUACCCAGGACCUACUACCUGCGAGAGCAGGUGAGGAUGCAGUACGACCACAAGGUGUCUGUGAGCCGCGGCUCCUCCCAGCAGGUGGAGAGCGAGAUCCUGUUCCCGGGCUGUGUGCUCAGGUGGCAGUUUGCAUCGGACGGUGGGGAUAUCGGCUUUGGGGUUUUCCUGAAGACGAAGAUAGGGGAGCGGCAGAGAGCUGGGGAGAUGACGGAGGUGCUGCCCAGCCAGCGCUACAAUGCCCACAUGGUGCCGGAGGACGGGAGCCUCACCUGCCUCAAGGCCGGCGUCUAUGUCCUGCGCUUUGACAACACCUACAGCCUGAUGUAUGCCAAGAAAGUCAGCUACAGUGUGGAGGUGCUGCUCCCUGACAAGGCCUCUGAGGAGAAGCUGCAGGGUCUCAGGGCAACGAGACCCUCCCCAGCGCAAUGAGGACCCUGGCCACCUCUGCACCUGCUGCCUCCAACCCCUUUGCAGCCCCUUGUCUGCCCCCUGCCCUCCGGGUGGCACUAAAGGUGGCUACAGAGAACCACCUACCCUGCAUCACCAUCUUAACCACUAUAUGCCCCCUUGGCACAGUGGCUGAGCAGGAAUGGGGCCAACCAAUGCUUAGGUCACCCCGAAGAUUCUAAGGGGCACUUCCUCCCCUGUCCUUAGAGAAUGGGAAUGACAACAUUGAGGGGGACCCUGUGUUUACAGAGAAAGGUUUCUGCCUGCAGGAGCUGCCUUUGGGUCCCUCUGACAAGGCCUACUUAUCCCAGGAUUGACCUGUGCCUGGUAUCCCAGUUUGGGGUGCCUGGUAUCCCCAGGCCCUGCAGAGACCCCAGCUUUGGGCCUGAGGAGCAGAGAAGCCCCAUUCUGUGCACACAGAGGGUCAGAAUGGAUGAGUAGAGUCAUCUGAGGCAUCUGGUGGGACAUGGGGCAAGACAAGGGUCCCAGUUCCAGCUGGGCAUCGAGGCCUCUCCAAGCUUGUUCUGCUCCCUGUGGAGGGGAAAAGCAGAAACGGGGUGCAGGACCAGGCGGCAAUGCCAUCACAGCACGUCCAGCCUUACAAAGCUGAGGGGGCAAAGACAGUCUCCAGUGGCCCCCUCCCUCCACACCGCUGGGGGCCUGCUGAGGCUCAGCCGGGCUUCUCCUCCUCCUGAGUGAGGCCAGGACUGACACAGAGCUACAGAGAAGGGCCCAGGGCCGGGAUGCAGCGUGUGAGCUGUCGCUUGGAGUGCUCGUGCUGGACUCUGACCUGAUUCCUGGAGAAAUGUGGAGCUUUUCCUCCAUCUCUGUCUCCCUGGGAGAGUGGAAGGUCUGGGCCACACGACCCAGUAGCUGGCUAGUAACGGCUUCUGCACAUGGUUUCUCCCAGGUUGGUCCUCCUGGGGCCCACAGCCCACAUUCAGGGUGACCAUCGCCUGUUCUUCAGGGUGGACUGUACCAAACAGGGCAGGAAUGCACCACGGAAGUCACCAAGUCCGAGCCGAUAGGGUUGACUCCAGCACCUGGGCCUGGGCGCCCAGGCCACGCUGCCCUGCGUCUCCCCACUCUGCCCCCCGGCUGGACCAGGACAGUGGCCACCAUUAUCUCAAAAGGCUUGCGUUCUGCCAGGUGGCUCAGCUCCCAGCUCAGCUUCAUUAAUCCUGCCUACGCUGUUUGUCCUGCCCUAGUGUGCCAAAGGGCAAGAGUCCAGUCCUCCACGCUGGGAGUGAGGGGUCAGACGUCCCUGUAAAAGAGGUCUUUGCCUCAAAGUGCCGGCACUCUCUCUGCCAAAGACCCCUCCCGGAGGCCAGAACCUCAGUGCACACCUCCUGUCCAGGGGCUUCGAAAGUAGGAGGCCAAGCUCCAGCCACUUUCUGCUUCUGGAUUCUGGGGUUUCUUUUUUUUUUUUUUUUUUCUAGUUAAUAGGUGCUUGAUGCAUUUUAGAGGAGAAAUGAUGAGGCUUGGGAAGAUAGGAGGGUCUUCUAGACAGAUGUGCAACCCUUGGGACAGCUGCAUUGUUCAGUUCAGUGUCUGAGCCGGAGGUCUGCUGCCAGAGAAAACACACUCGGCACCUAAAACCAUCCACGAAACAUUCUGGUCUACCCAGGGUUGAAGCAGACAGGCAAGAGAAGCAGAAGCGGUUGCUCUGGCUCCAAGGACGGCCCCUGGGCUGUCAAGCAAGAACCACAAGACAUCCUCGAGUCGAAGGCCUGCCCGUGUUUGAGAUGUGACGCAUUUCCACCACCCCAUUGCACCGUGUGCCCGCUCUCCCUGCUGCCUCUCCAGAGGCACGUGGGCUUCCCAGGGCUAUUUUCCCGCACUCUUUUCCAGACUGGAGGGAGCAGGGUCUUCUGGGCUUGGGAGGAACCUCUCCUUGCUUUUCCUUAGCCCACGUGUUGCCGUGACAGGGACUUGAAACCCCUCGGCUCAGCCUUCCCUUCACCCCUAGCCUAAAACCAGGUUUCUGGACUUGAACCCUGACCUUUGCCCUUCUAACCACCUGCGGCCAAUUUUGUGUCAAUCUAACCUCAACCGGUUUCCUGGCAGGUCACAAA